CGGGCGGUCGGGGGCAGCGGGAGUCGGCUCGGGGGACCGAGGGGGUCGCGGGGGGCUUCAGGAGCCGGGGCAGGACGAGCCGCGAUCGCGGCGGCGAACCCGGAGCAGGAGCUGCGGGCGGCGGCGCCCCGAGCGGUAAGCACAGCAUGUCGGUGAGUGUCCACGAGACCCGCAAGUCCCGAGGCAGUGCGGGCGCCCUGGGCGUCACCCUGUUCCACAAGGCCUCGCACCCCGAGUGCGUGCUGGCCCAGCUCAACACGCUGCGGCAGCACGGCAUGUUCACGGACGUGACGCUGUGGGCGGGUGAGCGCGCCUUCCCCUGCCACCGCGCCGUGCUGGCCGCCUCCAGCCGCUACUUCGAGGCCAUGUUCAGCCACGGGCUGCGCGAGAGCCGCGACAAGGCCGUGCACUUCCGGGACAGCCUGCACCCCGAGGUGCUGGAGCUGCUGCUGGACUACGCCUACACCUCACGCGUGGCCAUCCACGAGGAGAACGCCGAGUCGCUGCUGGAGGCGAGUGACAUGCUGCAGUUCCCCGACGUGCGUGACGCGGCGGCCGCCUUCCUGGAGAAGCAGCUGGCGCCGGCCAACUGCCUGGCCAUGCUGCUGCUGGCCGACGCUCACCAGUGCCGCCGGCUCCGCGAGUCCUCGUGGCGCAUGUGCCUGAGCCACUUCGAGGCCGUGCGGCGCAGCGAGGCCUUCGCCAGCCUCUCCAAGGACACGCUGCGGGCCCUGGUGUCCAGCGACGAGCUGGAGACGGAGGACGAGCGCACCGUGUUUGAGGCCAUCCUGCAGUGGGUGCGGCACGAGCCCGAGGCCCGCCAGGCCCACCUGCUGGAGCUCCUGCACAGCGUGCGCUUGGCCCUGCUGCCGGCCGACUGCCUGCGGGACGCGGUGGCCCGGGAGGCCCCCCUGCUGGCGGACGCGGGCGCCCAGCUGCUCAUCGCCGAGGCACUGCGCUGCAAGAGCCGCAUCCUGCAGCACGGCGGCGUGGUCAGCAGCCCCUGCGCCCGGCCCCGCAAGGCCGGCCACACGCUGCUCAUCCUGGGCGGCCAGACCUUCAUGUGCGACAAGAUCUACCAGGUGGACCAGAGGGCCAAGGAGAUCGUGCCCAAGGCCGACCUGCCCAGCCCCCGCAAGGAAUUCAGUGCCUCGGCCAUCGGCUGCCGCGUGUAUGUCACGGGCGGCCGAGGCUCCGAGAACGGGGUCUCCAAGGACGUGUGGGUGUACGACACGGUGCGCGAGGAGUGGUCCAAGGCGGCGCCCAUGCUCAUCGCCCGCUUUGGCCACGGCUCGGCCGAGCUGGAGAACUGCCUGUACGUGGUGGGCGGCCACACGUCCCUGGCUGGGGUCUUCCCCGCCUCGCCGUCCGUGUCCCUGAAGCAGGUGGAGCGCUACGACCCAGCGGCCAACAAGUGGGCAAUGGUGGCCCCGCUGAGGGACGGCGUCAGCAAUGCGGCGGUGGUCAGCGCCAAGCUGAAGCUCUUUGUCUUCGGAGGCACCAGCAUCCACCGCGACCUGGUGUCCAGGGUGCAGUGCUACGACCCAGGCGAGAACCGCUGGGCCAUCCGGGCCGAGUGUCCGCAGCCCUGGCGCUACACGGCAGCUGCUGUGCUAGGCAGCCAGAUCUUCAUCCUGGGCGGAGACACUGAAUUCACCGCUGCCGCCGCCUACCGCUUCGACUGCGACACGGACCAGUGGACGCGUGUCGGGGACAUGACGGCCAAGCGCAUGUCCUGCCACGCCUUGGCCUCGGGCAACAAGCUCUACGUGGUGGGCGGCUACUUCGGGACCCAGCGAUGCAAGACGCUGGACUGCUACGACCCCACCUCGGACACCUGGAACUGUGUCACCACUGUGCCCUACUCGCUCAUUCCCACAGCCUUUGUCAGCACCUGGCGCCACUUGCCCGCUUGAGCCGUGCCCCCGGGACCCCGUUGGCUCAGCUGCCCCUGCCUGUGGACAGAGCAAGUGACCUGGCUGCCUAAGGGGACGGUUUGCUGGUGAUGCAGCUUGGAGCCCGGCCACCUGUAGCAUCUGUAGGUGCCCGUGUCUGGGCCCAGCUGGGCAAAAAUGGUGGCAACUGCUUGACCUCUGUGACCUUCCACCAGAAUUCGAGUGGUGGAUUCGAGUGGUGGGCCUGGCUGAGGCUGAGUGACAGAGGGCUUUCCAGGCCAGCCCUAUCUCCCUUGCCCAGCAGGGCCACCCACCUUGGGUUCUGGGGUAAACAACUCCUCAUGGCCGAGCCCACUCACCCCAGCGGGGCGGGGACUCCUGGUGCCCCUACAGUGACGUCCUGUCCAGAGUUGGGGACCCCUAGCCAGCCGGCAGCUCCAGAAGCAGCCGCCCCUUGGGGCCUGGGCCUUCAACCUGAGCACCCCACCAACAACCCCACCAACCUAGAGCACUCGUGGACAGCUUUAUGGGAACCAGUGACAGCCCCGGGCACCUCUUUAGGCCCUGUUGUCACUUGUCUAUAGCCAAUGCUGCCCUGGGGUGUGUCUGGGCACCCCGCAGCGGGUGAGUGAAAACUCCUGGUCUGGGCUGUGACCACCUAAGCACACACGGAGAGCACAAGGGCUCGUGGAGCUGCCCCCACUGCAUGGCGGGCCAGACCCCACCCCCCAAUAAAGUGCUGA